GUUAAGAAAAGUGCUCAUCCCCCACCCUAUAUAACCUUCCCCUCACUCAACAUUUUACUUCCCACUCUUUCUUGAUUUUAUUCUACAUAUCAAGAAUCCCCCUCUCUCUCAUACUUUUCAUUGCUCUCUCAAUAACUAGAAGAAAAAGAAUAGUGAAUCUGUCAUGGCAAAUCUUCCCACCAAGGCCUCCUUCUUACAUUUUCUUCUUGGAUUCUUUCUCACUUUAUCAGGUUUUGGUUUCAUACAAGAAGCCCAAUCACUAGGCAUAAACUACGGCCAAGUAGGGAACAACCUCCCGCAACCGCAGAAGGUUCUCGAACUCCUCCGCUCUCUCAAGCUAAACAAAGCCCGAAUCUACGACACCAACCCCCAAAUCCUCACUGCAUUCGCCAACUCCAACGUGGACUUAAUCGUAACCGUCGAAAAUGACAUGCUAGCCACCUUAUCCGACCCGAGCCAAGCCCUCCAGUGGGUCCAAACCCGCAUCAAACCCUUCUUCCCGACGACGAAAAUCACCGAGAUCGCCGUCGGGAACGAGGUCUACACGGGCGAGGGCACUGCCCUCCUGACCCAACUCGUCCCGGCCAUGGUCAGCAUCCACGCCGCCCUCGCCCGCCUCGGCCUCGACCGCUCGAUUAAAGUCUCCACCCCCAACAACCUCGCGGUUCUCGAGGAAUCCUACCCGCCCUCGGCGGGCAGGUUCCGCCCUGAGGUGGCCGCCAUAAUGCCGCAGUUCCUGCGGUUUCUGGCGGCCAGCAGGGCGCCUUUCUGGAUAAACGCGUACCCGUACUUUGCGUACGAGGACAGCCCGGAUAAGAUCCGGAUCGACUACGUGCUCCUCAACCCGAACCCGGGGAUGGUCGACCCGAACACCGGCUUGCAUUACGACAACAUGCUUUACGCGCAGGUGGAUGCGGUGAUUUUCGCGAUGGCGAGGCUGGGGUUCGGGGGGAUCGAGGUCCGGGUGUCCGAGACGGGGUGGCCGUCGCGGGGGGACGUUAAUGAGGUGGGCGCCACUUUCCACAAUGCGGCGGUGUAUAAUCGGAAUAUAUUGCGGAGGCAGCAGCGGAAUGAGGGGACGCCGCUGCGGCCGAAUGCCGGGCUGGAGAUAUAUGUGUUUGCUUUGUUUAACGAGGAUAUGAAGCCCGGCCCGACUUCCGAGAGGAAUUACGGGCUUUUCCAGCCCGAUGGGACGAUGGCCUACAAUGUAGGACUCUCCCAAUUGUCUACAACCGCCUCCGCCUCCGCCUCUGCAACUACUUCUUCCUCUACAUCGGCAUCAAUCUUUUUAACUUCCGCUGCAACCGCAACGAAGGUUAACCAGAUAGGAUAUUUGAGCUUCCCAUACUCAAUAGUCUUAUAUUUUCUGGGCUACCAAGUUUUAAUGAGAAGACAUUGCUAAAACACAAGGAGGGGGUUCAUGUAAAUACAACUAAGAUUGCUGGAGGAAAUAGGAUCUCUGUCUUUUCAUAUUUUUGGCAUAUUAGAGAUGGGAUUCAAAAUUCAAGAAUUCUUUUGUUCUGAUGCUAAAGACAUGACCAUUCAUCAUUUGUUGAUAUAUGUAUGCGUAUGCAAGAUUCUUCCACUAGCUAGUGACUUAAAUUCAAAACAA